AGGGGUCAGAGCUGAAACAGGAAGCACGUGACUUCUGAGAAGGGAAAUCAGUCAAAAACCAGGCAAUACUUGUUGAACCAGCAGCAGCCCAGGGAACAACGGCUGCUGGAAGUGGACGCCGGCCACCCUCUUUCCCCAUCACGGCAGUACCCGUUAGCUGAUACAGACCUGUUGCCCUGGGAGCUGGCCUUCCACGUGGCCUGCCCAAGACCACUCAGAUAAUGAGAGGAAAUACGGUCAUCAGCUUACAGAAGGCUGGGGGUUCCGGACUGCAGACACAAGUCCUCCCCUGCCGCCUGCCUGACCGGAGCCCUUCACCUCUCUGCAGGCAGUCUUCAGCUGUUCCCUGUGAACCUCCGGACGCCACCCGAGAUGUCCCCUUUUGGUGGCUGGGGAAUGCUCACAGCCUUUCUUGUCCUGCUCUGCUGCCGAGGGUCUCGUGUGAAGGCGUUCGAGGGGCCAGAGCAUCUGAUGGUGGGGUCUGGAGAGUUUCAGUUGAUUAAUUGUACUGCCAGUUGCACGGACCCCAAGAAACUUGUUCUGGAGACACACCUAAACAAGACUCUCCUGGACAGCCAGGCUCAGUGGAAGCUAUUCAAGGUCGCCAACAUCUCCAAGGAUGAGAAGCUCCUGUGCAGUUUCACCUGCGGCGACAGGCAGGAGACGAAAGUUUUCAACAUCACCGUGUUCUACCCUCCAAAGCAAGUGCUGCUGACGCUGUGGCCCACCUCAGUGGUCAUAGGGACACUGUUCACCAUCGAGUGCAGGGUCCCCGCCGUGGCGCCCCUCGAAGGCCUCACUGUCACCCUGCUCCGUGGUACUGAGAUCUUGUACAAUCAGACCAUUGUGGGGACAGCACCUUCCCCCCAAGAUGCCUUGGUCAGCCAUAACACCACAGCUCACAGGGAAGACGGCCACCAUAAUUUCUCGUGCAAGGCCCAGAUGGACCUGCGCUCUCGCGGUGGUGGCCUCGUCCACAGAGUCUCAGAUCCCCAGAGGCUUGAAGUCAAAGAGCCCGAGCCCAAGACCCAGAUGGUGAUCAUCAUCGCGGUCGUGAUAGUGCUGCUGCUCGUGUUUGUGACAUUCGUCUUCCUGUGCUUUGUCUUCAGCCAGAAGUGGCACCGGGGGCGGACAGGUUAUUACGCGGUGCAAGACCAUUGGAGAAGGCUAAUAGGGAGCCACCGGGCACAGACCCUUACAGAUGAGGAGGCGCCACGCGGAGAGAGACUGACCUAGUGGCAGGCUCUUUUGGAAGGGCCCAGUUCCUAAAGAGGCACAAGUUGGAAGGAAUUAGAAUAUAACGGUUGAAGGAGAGGUGUUAAAUACCAGUUUGCAGAAUUACAAGACUAAUGGAUUUGUGGAGAGAAGUCUUGGAAUUGUAACA